AUGUCGGGAAACCCGGCCCAGCCAGGUGCCAGCACCACCCCAGGCGCCCCUGGCGCAGGCGCAGGAGCAGGCGCGUCGGGAUCCUUUUCACAACAGCAGCAGCAACAACAGCAACCUGCAGCGACGGCGACAGCGCCGCCAGCUGCCCCUGCUGCCCCGAUUAGCCAGACGCCGAUCCCGCCUCCGGUGACAGCUACCCCUGCGCCUGCGCCGGCACCAGCUACCGCGCCGAUGUCGAACCAGAACCUGAAUCAGAUUGUUACAGACUAUCUCCUUAAGCGGGGAUACACCCGUACCGAGACGAUUUUCCGUCAGGAGUCUUCACACUUAGGCCCUGACGGUAGGCCCAUUCACAACAAGGUUGAUGAUUUGGGCCCCAGAAAGUAUCUGAAGGCGUUCAACUUGCUCCGCGAGUGGGUGGAGAACAACCUCGACAUUUACAAGUUCGAGUUGAACAAGCUUCUUUGGCCUGUUUUCGUCUAUUCAUGGCUCGAGCUCGUCACGCAGAACUACUCGGAGGACGCAAAGACCCUCCUCAACACCCUCAAAUCGUACUUUGAGAAUGUCCACUCCGACGACCUGAAGACCUUCUCCACCAUCACGCUGGCUUUGCACGCCAAAGAGAAUCCCACCACCAAGCUGUACAGGGAGAACAAGUACCGCGUUCCGCUCAACCAGCACAUCAGCGGCAACCUCUUCCACUUUCUCGAGCGUGAGCGGGACAACGGAGGUGCCGUGAUUCUGUACAUCCUCUCGACCUUCUGCCAGCUUGACUCGACGGCCCGUGGACCUAUCGAACCUUUCAGCUUUGAGGCUAUCUACCGCCGAUCCCAGAACCUAGACAUCGACGAGGUGGAUCUGCAAGAGGGCAUUCCUGGAGUCUUCACCGGCAUCUCAAACAGGGAUCUCCUGGACAAGACCGUGCCCCUCAAGCUGGGCCCUUUGCCGAUGGAGGAGGACCUCCGGGACGAUGUCAGAGCCGAACUCCAGGAUGAGGAUGCGCUGAACCCUCCCCCCGAUGGCCGCCCUACACUGGUCGACGAGUUUGACCGCAAGAUUAAGCGGGAGGAGAGCGCCGAUGGUCCCACGAGAGCCGACCUCCCACUCCCCCCUUCACGUGCUAGAGACGUUGUCAUGGAGAUGCAGAAGGUCAGAGAGAACCGUGACCGCUUCAAGAUUGACGGACGUACUGGUGGUGUGGGCGUUCCUGUUAGCGCUGUAUCAUGCAUGGACUUCUCGAAAGACCACGAAAUGGUUGCUAUUGGCACCACGGACUCUUACAUUCGAGUCUGGCAUCUCGAGGGCAAGCCUCUUAAGUCGAAGCGCGCCGAUGAGAAAGACUUCAAGUUCAAUAACCGCAAGCUCAUUGGUCACUCAGCCCAGGUGUACUCGGUUUCCUUCUCCGACGCCAUCGCCAAGCUCGACCACGCGCCAUUCGGCGAGGAAGGGAAGGGUGAAACUCCUAUCGAGACAAGCUCCAAGCUGCUGCUGUCUUGUUCUGCGGAUGGCACCGUCCGUGUAUGGUCGCUGGAUAUCUGGGCCUGUGUCUGCGUCUACAAGGGUCACGACGGUCCGGUACUGAGAGCCGAGUGGGGUCCUUUCGGCCACUACUUCUUGACUGGCGGCUGGGACAAGACUGUUCGUGUCUGGAUGCAGGAUCACGCAUCCGCGCAGCGCAUUCUCGUCGGUCAUGACUCCAGCAUCUCGGCCGUCGCCUGGCAUCCGAACGGAACGUAUGUGUUCUCAGCUUCCGACGAGACGGACAAGUCUGUCCGCAUGUGGUCUGUCAUCACCGGCCAGUGUGUUCGUGUCUUCACCGGUCACACGGACUACAUCUCCACCAUCGAGGUCGCGCCAAACGGUAGGAUCUUAGCCACGGCUGAUUGCAGCGGUAACAUCUUCUUCUGGGACAUCCAGAAGGGUCUUCGCAUCAAGCGUUCACGCGGCCACGGUAAAGGCGGUAUUUGGUCAAUGAGCUUUAGCGUCGAGUCCAAUGUCCUGGUUUCUGGCGGCCAAGACGGCACAGUUCGUGUCUGGGACGUUGAACUCCCCGCCGAGGGUCACAAGGCCGUUCAGCAACAGCAAGGGGCGGCGCCUGCACAAGAAGGAGGCGAUACCAUCAUUGCGGCCACUGGACAGACGGAGCGACCGAAUGCCGGCGGCCAAGGAGCGACUGGCAGUGGAUCCAACGCUCCCAGCGGUGGAAAGAAGAAGGGCAAGGAGGUGAUGAUUACACCCGACCAGAUCAGCGCGUUCCCGACCAAGAAGACACCCGUCAUGAAGGUGCAGUUCACGCGCAUGAACCUGAUUGUGGCCGGUGGCUGCUACGAUCCUGACCGCUAG